GCCGAUACACGCACACACCUCCCCAUUCUCACGUAAACAACCCUGGUCUUUUCCCCUCCAAUGGGUGGGACUGUGCGUAGCCUAUUAUUUGAUAAGAUUUAGGCGUGGCGCGGUGGGUGACAUCAUACUGUGGGAAGGAAGCGCAUCCACUUGGAAGAAGGUUCACUCCUAAAAAGGACGCCAAGCAGACGAGGACAGGGUGUGUUCUGUGUCACUUGUAGAAAUGUCUAAUUGUUAAAACGUCGGGUGUCAACGUUUCCUGUACUAUCUCCAUUUCGGACGUACGGUUAGUACCAACAUCAACAAGUCCUUACGCUGUGUCGGUGUGUGUUUUAUGAAUAAGAACUGGACGCGAUUUGAACGUGACCGACAACCACCUGCGAACGCGCUGACGACUGACAGAGAGAGGACAUAGCAACAAGUUGAAGACUGCGGGAGUUCUGCAGGAUUACCGAGGUGGAACAAGUUACUGUUUGUGUGUGUGAAAAGGAACAAGGUUCUGUGACAGCACCGUGCAUACGUGUACACAGCGCUACUGAACAAUGCCGUUUCUCAAGUCCAAGUCUCUGGAGCGGAGCCGCGCGCGCUUCGGCUUCACGCGUGCCGUGGAACAUGGCUUCCCGCACCGACCCAGCUCCAUGGCCUACGACCCCAAGCUCAAGCUCUUCGCCAUAGGAACAGACACUGGUGCCAUUAAGCUGUAUGGGAGGCCAGGUGUGGAGAUCUCAGCGGUGCAUCGCGCCGUGCUGCCCGUCAAAAAGCUGCUCUUCCUCCCAGGACAGGGUCGUCUACUCAGUUUGCUAGGCGACAACACGAUACAUCUAUGGGAGAUCAACCCACGAGACGAGCUCCGGUCCAUGCUGGAGGAAGUGAACGUGUUUGUUCCAGAUGACAAGAUCGGCCGCAUCUCGGCAUGCUGUCUCCUUUCGUCCGGCAAGUUCUUACUGCUGGGUACCGAGGGAGGUAACGUGCAUCUGAUGGACGCCGUCAAUUUCGUGCUUUCCGACCGGGUCGUCUCCCAGGAAACCGCCAUGCAGAACGUGCCCGACGACUACAAGGUCGAUCCCGGCGCCGUGGUCGCCCUGGCACCGCACCCCAAAACUCGCAGCAAGGUGCUGAUUGGCUACUCCAGAGGGCUCAUGGUCACGUGGGACGAAGAACAGGACGGGACGUCGGAGACGAUAGUAGGCAGCGAACAGCUCGAAUCCGUGGAGUGGUACAGAAAUGGCGACAAGGUCAUCAGUUCACACACAAACGGCACCUACUACAUUUGGAGCCUCUCCGAUACCUCCGCCCCCGAGCAAGGCCCCCUAACACCCUUCGGUCCCCCACCCUGCAGAGCCAUCAGCAAAAUAAGCGCCAAAACAACGAAAGACGAGAACUUUUUCUUGUUUACCGGAGGACUUCCACGUGACCAGGACGACCGAGCAACACUCGUCGUGAUGAAGGGUAGAGAUAGUCAGGUUCUCGAAUUCCCGUCCCGCAUAGUAGAUUUUCUUACAAUCACAGACGCCACAGAAGAUUCAGAGCACGACAAUCCGCACACCCUCAUGGUCCUCACAGAAGAAGAAGUCGUCGCUGUCGAUUUGGAGACCGACGGGUGGCCUGUGUUUGAGCAGCCGUAUCUGAACAGUCCUCACUCGUCCAACGUCACAUGCGUGCAACUCUACACAGACGUGUCGCAAGAACUGUGGAACAACCUCAAGGAGGCAGGGCAAAAGCAGAGAGCAGGACGUUUCUCUCAACGGGACUGGCCAAUAGACGGAGGUGAGCUGCUCAGUGAUGACCCUGAUCCCAUGCCAAGGGAUCUUCUGGUCACGGGUCACGAAGAUGGUUCCAUCAAGUUCUGGGACGUGUCGACGGUGGCCAUGCGGGCGAUCUACCGCUGCAGCACGGCAGAAGUAUUCGUGACCGGUCGAGAACAGCAAGGACAACCCCUCUCUCCGAAUAGCCAAGUUUUUGACAACCGGCUUAAGGACAUAACGUACGUCGAUGCCGACGCCCUUGAGAGUGGAAAGAGCGAGGAAGAACAAGGUUCACAGACACCCGGGUCCCAAAAGACGCCUCAGGAGGGCCGCAUGAUAUUCAAGUACACCGUCGAGGGAGAGACCAAAGAAGGCGUACCACCAAUCCGUAAGAUCGGUCUCUUUGACCCAUUCAGCGACGACCCGCGACUUGCCGUUCAGCAUAUCGAACUGUGCCCGUCUACCGGUAUCAUGGCCGUGGGCGGCGCGUCCGGGCAGGUCGUCAUCAUGGAGAUGAGCCCCGUUGGCGAGGGGCAAAGUCAGGAGCUGGUUACCUCAGCAGUUGACAUCACCGCCGGCGUGGAAGGAUAUCAAUGGAAGGGCAGUGGAAAAUUGUCCGCAAGGAAUGACGUUAUAGCCUUCCCUGGCUUUCAGAGCAGGCAGCUGAUUCAGUGUAACCCCGCUGCCCCCACAACGGCUCUAGCCUUGGAACCGAAGCUCGGCCUUGUCGCUGUUGGCACCAUGCAAGGACUGGCAAUGUUUGAUUACAGACAGAAGAGAGUGGUCAGCACCAGAUGUACCAUGACCCCCGAAGAAAUAGCUGGUUCACUAGAACCGAGGAGUCAGCAGAGGAAGUCCCUGCGCGACUCCCUCCGCCGAUCCAUCCGCAAAUUCGGUAAGGGGUCGAAGCGAACCCCGUCGGUAGAAGACAGUACCGAGACAGUCAAUGAUGAUGCAGAGUUCAAAGCUGUCCGAGCAAGUCAACUGGCGGGCAGCACUAUCAAAUCUUUUGAAUUCAGUCCCGUUGGCCUUAAUGGAGACGAAGGUGGAUCCGCAACGCUGUUUGUCGGCACCAACUCGGGAAAGAUCAUGGCGUACGACGUCAAGGUGCCCAAGGGAGAUGACAUGAAGAGAAUGGAAGAGGAAGUGACGGCAGAGUACACCAAAGAAGUGCAGCUGCAACAUGGCGCCCCGGUCAUUCAUCUCGCCCUCCUAGACGCCACUGGUCAGGUCAUCACAUUCGCUUCGGACGACGACUUGAAGGGUAAAGAAGGCCAACAGCUUCUUGUUGUUUCUGAAGAAAAAUUCAAGACGAUCGCCCUACCAACCAUGAAGACACAACAGAAGUACUGGCUCUCCCUCCAAGACGGCUGCCUGGUCCGCCGGGUCUCCCACAUGAGCAUGCCCGCCACAGAAGUCACAGAAGCCGAGAAUUACGUCACCUGUAUGACAUCAGAUGGUGAAGUCUGCGCUUUCCUGACCCCAGCCCUGAAGCAGGUCGCAGAGUUUGAAGUGACAACCAAGGAGAACGUCAUUGGUACUAAGCAAUGUGCCUUGACCAGCAAAGGCGAAUGUUUCUAUUUCCUGUCUCCGUCCGAGAUGCAACGGUGUGCCAUCACGCCAAAGUACAUCGUCGAGCCAAAAUGCACCUUCCGCAUCCCCGAGGGAGACCGUCCUCCACGGACAACGACAUGGAGACCAGAAGACAUCGAGCUUCCCGUUGUAGGCUCUCCAAUAGGUAUGAUGAAAGGCGCUGUCGAAUCUGUCGGGGAUAAGGUUAAAGGUGCAACAGGGAAAGUAGAAGAAGGAGCAAAAGAAGCUAAGAGUAAAGUAGCUGACACAGCUAAGAGUGUCGAGGAGAAGGUGGAGGAAAGUGCAAAGCAGGCUAAGGAAAAGACAGAAGAGAAAGCUAAAGAAGUUAAGGAAAGCGUAGAAAGUGCGGCUGAAGUCGCAAAGGACAAGGCAGAGCAUGCUGCAGAGGCUGCAAAAGGAAAGGCAGAAGACAUGGCUAAGGCUGGCAAAGAAAAAGCAGAGCAAGCAGUUGACGCAGUAGAGCAGAAGGUAGAGCAUGCUGCAAAAGGUGUAACGGAAGCAGCUAUGGGAGCUAAAGAGAGCUUAGCGGCAAAGCUGAAGGGCGCUGAAGCUAAAGCAGACAAUGUAGCUAAAGAAGCAGAGGGGGUGGCAGAUGAAGCUGCUGCAAAAGUAGAAAAAUCUGUAGAGAGCGCAGAAGCCGCUGCUGAGGGUGCCAAGUCUGAAGUAGAGGGCACUGUUAAUGAUGCUUUGGAAGAAGCUAAAGAUACUGCUAAAGCUGCAGAAGACGCAGCGGAAGCAGCAAAAGAAGAUGCAGAGGCAAAAGUUGAGGGUGCAGUAGCCAGUGCCGAAGCAGUUGCUAAGGAUGCUGCCGAUAAGGUGGAGGGAACUGUAAAAGAAGUAGAAGACGAGGCAGAUGCAGCAGUAAAAAGUGCUGCAGUCGCUGUAGAGAAUGCUGAAGAAAAGUUGGAAGAAUCCUCCAAGGAAGCUCAGGCUAGUGUGCAGGAAGCGGUAGAAAACGCACAGGCUCAGGUGGACGGUGUGGUGGAUGGUGCAGAUAGCGCAGUUGGAGCAGUGACCACCAAAGUGGAGACCUUGGUGCAGGAUGGGGACACCGUGGAAAAAACCGUCACGGUGACCCAGCAUACCGUGCACGAGGUGGUGGAUGGUGUAUCAGGCCGCUACGAGGUGGAUCUUGAAGGAUCUGGAAUGGAAGUCGACGGUGAGGCUCUUGAGGUUAGUACGCCAAAGGGUAGGUUUUCGAGCAAAGUUCGGGGGAUCGACGUGAGCCCAAACCUUGGAAGAUGGAAAUUUGGAGGAAGGGAAAAAGACAUAAGAGGAGAAGUGGCACUACCCGAAGCAGAGCACAUUAUAGGUGCUCGUCGUGAACUCUACAUUGAAGAAGCUGAUCUUGAGAUUGAAGGCCCAGAACCAAAGAAGGGACGGUUUAAUGGUUUUAAAGGACCAAAGUUUGGUUUUGGGCGAGGAUCGUACGACAUCCAUGGAGCCGAAAUGGAAUUAAAAGGACCAGAUGGAUCAUUCAGUGGACCAGACAUCGAAAUGCCAGACGUUGAGGGGAAAGACAUCAACUUGGAAGGGCGCGACGUCAAAGGAGGCUUCAAGUUGAAGGGCCCUAAUUUCGAUAGACCAGAUAUUGACAUCAAAGGACCAAAAUUCAAAGGACCCAGCUGGAAAAUGCCUUCAUUCGGAGGAAAGGCUGAUGUAGAUCUUCCAGAGGCAGAAGUCAGAGGACCAAGUGGAAAACUAGAAGGUCCCAGUGUCAACGUAGAGGGACCAGACAUGGAGGUACAAAGUCCUGACGUUGAAGGUGACUUGAAGCUGAGAGGUCCAAAUUUCGGUAAACCCGAUUUUGACAUAAAAGGACCAAAAUUCAAAGGACCCGGCUGGAAGAUGCCUUCUUUCGGCGGGAAGGCUGACGUAGAUCUCCCAGAGGCAGAAGUCGAAGGACCAGGCGUGAAACUAGAAGGGCCUGAUGUAGAUCUCGAGGGUCCUGAUGUAGAUCUGGAAGGCCCAGAUGUGAAAGGAGGGUUCAAGUUCAAAGGGCCUAAGUUUGGCAAACCAAAGUUCAAGAUGCCUAAGUUCGGCGGGAAGGCAGACGUCGAUCUCCCUGAGGCAGAACUUGAGGGUCCUGACGUGAACCUGGAGGCACCAGAUGUUGACGUAGAGGGUCCUGACGUUAAGGGAGGGUUCAAGUUGAAGGGGCCGAAAUUCGACACGCCGGACAUUGACAUCAAGGGACCAAAAUUCAAAGGACCAGGCUGGAAAAUGCCUUCGUUCGGAGGAAAGGCUGACGUAGAUCUUCCAGAUGCAGAGGUCGAAGGACCAGACGUGAAACUAGAAGGACCCGACGUCGACUUGGAGGCACCAGAUGUCGAUGUGGAAGGUCCGGAUGUGAAAGGUGGAUUCAAAUUCAAAGGGCCAAAGUUUGGGAAGCCAGACAUUGACAUCAAAGGGCCGAAAUUCAAAGGACCAGGCUGGAAGAUGCCUUCAUUCGGAGGAAAGGCAGACGUAGAUCUUCCAGAAGCAGAUAUCGAAGGGCCAGACGUAAAUCUAGAGGGACCUAAUGUUGACUUGGAGGGACCUAAUGUAGAUGUUGAGGGCCCAGACGUAAAGGGUGGCUUCAAAUUGAAAGGCCCGAAGUUUGGCAAACCCGAUUUUGACAUCAAAGGACCAAACUGGAAGAUGCCAAAGUUUGGCGGAAAGGCAGACGUCGAUCUUCCAGAUGCAGAGGUUGAAGGACCAGACGUGAAACUAGAAGGACCCGAUGUGAAGUUGGAAGGGCCUGACGUCGACCUUGAGGGGCCAGAUGUUGAAGGUGGACUAAAGCUCAAAGGUCCAAAAUUCGGUAAACCUGACUUUGACAUUAAGGGUCCCAAAUUCAAAGGACCAGGCUGGAAGAUGCCUUCGUUUGGAGGGAAAGCUGAUGUAGACCUUCCAGAGGCAGAGGUCGAAGGGCCUGUCAUGAAGGUAGAAGGACCUGAUGUCGACCUGCAAGGGCCUGAUGUCGAUGUUGAGGGCCCAGACGUGAAGGGUGGCUUCAAAUUGAAAGGUCCGAAGUUUGGCAAACCCGAUUUUGACAUCAAAGGACCAAAUUGGAAAAUGCCUUCUUUCGGAGGAAAGGCAGACGUCGAUCUUCCAGAAGGGGAGGUCGAAGGACCAGACGUGAAACUAGAAGAACCUGACGUCGACCUUGAGGGCCCAGAUGUUGAAGGUGGACUGAAGUUGAAAGGUCCAAAAUUCGGUAAACCUGACUUUGAUAUUAAGGGUCCCAAAUUCAAAGGACCAGGGUGGAAGAUGCCUUCGUUCGGAGGAAAGGCUGAUGUAGAUCUUCCAGAUGCAGAGGUCGAAGGACCAGACGUGAAACUAGAAGGACCCGACGUCGACUUGGAGGCACCAGAUGUCGAUGUGGAAGGACCAGAUGUGAAAGGUGGAUUCAAAUUCAAAGGGCCUAAAUUUGGUAAGCCGGACAUUGACAUCAAAGCGCCGAAAUUCAAAGGACCAGGUUGGAAGAUGCCUUCAUUCGGAGGAAAGGCUGACGUCGAUCUUCCAGAAGGGGAAAUCGAAGGACCAGACGUGAAACUAGAAGGACCCGAUGUCGACUUGGAGGGACCUGAUGUAGAUCUCGAGGGUCCUGAUGUAGAUCUUGAAGGCCCAGAUGUGAAAGGAGGAUUCAAGUUCAAAGGGCCGAAGUUUGGCAAACCAAAGUUCAAGAUGCCCAAGUUCGGCGGGAAGGCAGACGUCGAUCUCCCUGAGGCAGAACUUGAGGGUCCUGACGUGAACCUGGAGGCACCAGAUGUUGACGUAGAGGGUCCUGACGUGAAGGGAGGGUUCAAGUUCAAGGGACCUAAAUUCGACGCGCCGGACAUUGAUAUCAAGGGACCAAAAUUCAAAGGUCCAGGCUGGAAGAUGCCUUCGUUUGGAGGAAAGGCUGAUGUCGAUCUUCCAGAAGGUAAGGUCGACGGACCAGACGUGCAACUAGAAGGACCUAAUGUUGACUUGGAGGGACCUAAUGUCGAUGUUGAGGGCCCAGACGUGAAGGGUGGCUUCAAACUGAAAGGCCCGAAGUUUGGCAAACCCGAUUUUGACAUCAAAGGACCGAACUGGAAGAUGCCAAAGUUUGGCGGAAAGGCAGACGUCGAUCUUCCAGAAGGGGAGGUCGAAGGACCAGACGUGAAACUAGAAGGGCCUGACGUCAACAUUGAGGCACCAGAUGUCGAUGUGGAAGGACCAGAUGUGAAAGGUGGAUUCAAAUUCAAAGGGCCUAAAUUUGGGAAGCCAGACAUUGACAUCAAAGGGCCGAAAUUCAAAGGACCAGGCUGGAAGAUGCCUUCAUUCGGAGGAAAGGCAGACGUGGAUCUUCCAGAUGCAGAGGUCGAAGGACCAGACGUGAAACUAGAAGGGCCUGACGUCGACCUUGAGGGACCAGACGUCGAAGGAGGACUGAAGCUCAAAGGUCCGAAAUUCGGCAAACCUGACUUUGACAUUAAGGGACCAAAAUUCAAAGGACCAAGCUGGAAGAUGCCUUCAUUCGGAGGAAAGGCUGAUGUAGAUCUUCCAGAGGCAGAGGUCGAAGGACCAGAUGUGAAUCUUGAAGGACCCAAUGUCGACCUGGAAGGACCAGAUCUUGACGUAGAAGGACCAGAUGUGAAAGGAGGAUUCAAGUUCAAAGGGCCAAAGUUUGGCAAACCAAAGUUCAAGAUGCCCAAGUUCGGCGGGAAGGCAGACGUCGAUCUCCCUGAGGCAGACCUUGAGGGUCCUGACGUGAACCUGGAGGUACCAGAUGUUGACGUAGAGGGUCCUGACGUGAAGGGAGGGUUCAAGUUUAAGGGCCCAAAAUUCGACGCACCGGACAUUGAUAUCAAGGGACCAAAAUUCAAAGGACCAGGCUGGAAGAUGCCUUCAUUCGGAGGAAAGGCAGACGUCGAUCUUCCAGAUGCAGAGGUCGAAGGACCAGACGUGAAACUAGAAGGACCCGAUGUCGACUUGGAGGCACCAGAUGUCGAUGUGGAAGGACCAGAUGUGAAAGGUGGAUUCAAACUGAAAGGGCCUAAAUUUGGGAAACCAGACAUUGACAUCAAAGCGCCGAAAUUCAAAGGACCAGGUUGGAAGAUGCCUUCAUUCGGAGGAAAGGCUGACGUAGAUCUUCCAGAAGGGGAUAUCGAAGGACCAGACGUGAAACUAGAAGGACCCGAUGUCGAUUUGGAGGGACCUGAUGUGGAUCUCGAGGGUCCUGAUGUAGAUCUUGAAGGCCCAGAUGUGAAAGGAGGGUUCAAGUUCAAAGGACCAAAGUUUGGCAAACCAAAGUUCAAGAUGCCCAAGUUCGGCGGGAAGGCAGACGUCGAUCUCCCUGAGGCAGACCUUGAGGGUCCUGACGUGAACCUGGAGGCACCAGAUGUUGACGUAGAGGGUCCUGACGUGAAGGGAGGGUUCAAGUUGAAGGGCCCCAAAUUCGACGCACCGGACAUUGAUAUCAAGGGACCAAAAUUCAAAGGACCAGGCUGGAAGAUGCCUUCGUUCGGAGGAAAGGCUGAUGUCGAUCUUCCAGAAGGAAAUGUCGAAGGACCAGACGUGAAACUAGAAGGACCCGAUGUCGACUUGGAGGCACCAGAUGUCGAUGUGGAAGGUCCAGAUGUGAAAGGUGGAUUCAAAUUCAAAGGGCCUAAAUUUGGUAAGCCCGACAUUGACAUCAAAGGGCCGAAAUUCAAAGGACCAAGCUGGAAGAUGCCUUCAUUCGGAGGAAAGGCAGAUGUUGAUCUUCCUGAGGCUGAGCUUGAAGGGCCCCAUGUUGACGUUGAGGGACCAGAUAUGAAUUUAGAAAGUCCCGAUGCCAAGGGAGGAUUCAAGUUCAAAGGUCCAAAAUUCGGCAAGCCUGACUUCCACAUGAAGAAGCCAACAUUCAAGUCUCCAUCAUUUCGAUGGAAAGGUAAGAAAGUCAAGACGCCUUCCGUAGAGAUUGAUGCCCCAUCAGCAGAAAUAGGAGCUUUGAAUCUGGAAACGCCCGGCCUUGAUAUCAAUGCACCUAAAGUCAGCGGUGAAGUACCCGACAUCAACUUGGAAAGCCCUGGAUAUAAGGGUAAAUCUUUGACACUAGGAUCCCCAGACCUAGACAUAGAAGGACCGAAGGUAAAAUCGCCCUCUUGGUUUGACAGAAUGAAGGCAAGAUUCCGAACACCUUCAGGAAACCUGGAGGGACCCGAUGUGAAACUAGACUCACCAGAUCUUGAUAUCGAUUCUCCGGACCUGGAAGGGCCAGACGUAGACCUGAAGGGCCCGAAAGUGAAAGGACCGAAAUUCAAAUUUGGAAAGCCAAAAUUCAAAUCACCAGACUUUAAGAUGAAGGGACCCAACCUGAAAGGACCUUCCUUUGGUGGCCGUCUUUCUGGUGAAUUUGAAGCACCCGAAGUUGGAGGUGAUGUCGACUUAGGCAUAGCAGAAGCAGAGGUUUUGGCACCAGACGCAGACAUUCCAGACUGGGACGUAAACGUGGAGGGACCAGAGGUUGAAGGUGGUCUUUCCGGAAAAUUCAAGUCUCCAAAACUUAAAGGCCCAGACGUUGAUGUGGACGGUCCGGACAUUGAUGGCAAGUUUAAAGGUCCGAAGUUCCACAUGCCGCACUUAAAAAUGCCAAAGUUCAAGUCCCCAAAAUUUGGCGGGAAGGCAAACAUCGACAUUCCUGAGGGAGAAGUGGAAGGCCCCGAUGUCAGUCUUGAUGUUGAUGCACCUGAUGUAGACAUUGAAGGUCCGGAGGUAAAAGGCAAGAAAUGGAAGAGGCCAAAAUUCAAGGGUCCAGAUAUUCACAUGCCUUCAGUGAAGAUGCCCAAGUUCGGAGGAAAAGCUGACAUAGACCUCCCAGAGGGGGACAUAAAGGGACCAGAUGUCGAUAUCGAGGGACCAGACUUGAAGCUUAGGGGACCAGACGUUGACAUUGACGCACCAAAAGUGGAUCUUGAAGGACCUGAUGUGAAGGGCGGAAAAUUCAAAAUGCCAUCAUUCAAAGGCCCAGAUUUCAGCCUGCCGAAAUUUGGAGGAAAAGCAGGUGUCGACCUACCAGAGGGUAAACUUGAGGGACCUAAUGUUGAUAUUGAAGGGCCAGACGUCAAUAUAGAAGGUCCAGACGUCGACGUAGACCUUGAAGGACCAGACGUGAAAGGAGGGAAGUUCAAAAUGCCCAAGAUCAAAGGCCCAGACAUCAGCCUGCCCUCAAUGAAGAUGCCCAAGUUUGGAAUGAAGGGUGACGUCGACCUGCCAGAAGGCGAAUUCAAGGGACCCAGUGUUGAUGUCGAGGGACCAGAUGUCAAUCUAGAAGGUCCGGACGUUGACGUGGACCUCGAGGGACCAGAUGUGAAGGGUGGAAAAUUCAAAAUGCCAAAAUUCAAGGGUCCAGAUUUCAGCAUGCCGUCAAUAGGGAUGCCGAAGUUUGGAGGAAAAGGAGAUAUUGACCUGCCAGAAGGAGAGGUCAGAGGUCCCAACAUUGAUGUCGAUGUAGAAGGCCCGGAUGUUGACCUGAAGGGGCCAAAGGUUGACGUUGAUGUGGAUGCCCCUGAUGUCGAUAUAGACGGGCCUGAAGUGAAAGGAGGAAAAUUCAAAAUGCCACAUCUGAAGGGCCCUGAUAUUCACAUGCCUUCCUUCAAGAUGCCAAAGUUUGGAGGCAAAGCUGACGUUGAUCUGCCAGAAGGAGAAAUCGAAGGGCCCAAAGUAGAUAUCGAGGGCCCGGAUGUCGAUCUGAGGGGCCCUGAUGUCGAUAUCGAAGGACCUGAGGUUAAAGGUGGGAAAUUCAAAAUGCCAAAGUUCAAGGGUCCCCAUUUCGACAUGCCAUCGAUGAAGAUGCCUUCAUUUGGCGGGAAAGCUGAUGUUGAUCUCCCGGAAGGUCACGCCGAGGGGCCUGAUGUCGACGUAGACCUGAAGGCUGAAGGACCAGACGUGGACAUAGACGUGGAGGGGCCAGACGUGAAGGGUGGGAAAUUCAAAGGACCUGACUUCCAUAUCGGAAAACCUAAUAUCAAAAUGCCUUCCUUCAAGAAACCCCACUUCGGUGGAAAGGCUGAUGUGGAUUUACCGGAAGGGGAACUGGAAGGACCGAACGUUGACGCCAGCCUUAAAGGACCUGACGUUGACAUUGACAGUCCUGAGUUGAAAGGGAAGAUGUCAAAUCCCAAGUUCAAGGGGCCCAGCUUUGAUAUGCCCUCUGUGAAAUUGCCAUCCUUCGGCUGGAAACACAAAGGCCCAAAAGCCGAUGUAGAUCUUCCAGAAGCAGAAGUACAGAGGCCAGACGUCAGCAUGGAAGGACCAGAUGUAAACCUGAAGGGUCCAGACUUUGAUGCAAAUCUUGAAAGCCCGGAUCUUGAUAUCGCAGGGCCAGAGGGCAAGGGAAAAUUUAAAUCACCAAAGUUCAAAGGACCUGGCUUCCAUCUGCCACAAGUAAAGUUUCCUUCCUUGGGAAGAAAAGCAAGGCCUCCCUCAGGAGAGAUAGGUGUCGAUGUCGAUGCCCCGAAUGUCGGUGUAGAAGGCCCAGACGUUGACGUAGAAGGUCCAGAGGUAAAGGGAAAGAUCAAAUCUCCAAAAUUCAAAGGUCCUGACUUCCACAUGCCUCAUGUAAAAUUUCCCUCUCUGGGAAGAAAAGCAAGGCCUCCUUCAGGGGAGGUAGAUGUAGAUGUCGAUGCUCCGAAUGUCAGUGUAGAAGGCCCAGACGUUGACCUGGAAGGUCCAGAGAUUAAAGGGAAGACGAAAUCUCCAAAAUUCAAAGGUCCGGACUUCCACAUGCCUCACGUUAAAUUUCCCUCUCUGGGAAGAAAAGCAAGGCCUCCCUCUGGGGAGAUAGAUGUUGAUGUCGAUGCUCCAAAUGUCAGUGUAGAAGGCCCAGACGUCGACCUGGAAGGUCCAGAGAUAAAAGGAAAGACGAAAUCUCCAAAAUUCAAAGGUCCAGACUUCCACAUGCCACACAUAAAAUUCCCUUCUUUGGGCAGAAAAGCAAAGCAUCCAUCAGGGGACCUUGAUAUAGACGUCGAAGGUCCAGACGCUAGAGUUGAAGGGCCUGACGUCACAGGUCCAGAAGCUAAAGGCGGGCUAUCAGGGAAGUUCUCGGGACCAAAGUUUAGAGGCCCGAAAUUCGGCUUUGGAGGAAAGGGCCACGACCUCGACGCGAACCUAGACCUUCCUGAGGGCGAAGUAAGAGGUCCCAGUGCGGACCUGGAAGGUCCGGACGUCGACAUGCAGGGACCAGAAGCCGAAGGGUCUUGGAAAUUCAAAGGACCCGAUUUCAACUUCAAAAAACCUAAGUUUGGUUUCGGCGCCAAGUCGCCUGAGCUGAACGGUGAGGGUGACUUGCCACAAGCACACGUACAGGGUCCCGAUGUAAAUAUCAAUGGAACAGGUGACGUGGAAGCACCGCAUGUCAAGGGUGGAAUUUCUGGCAGAUUUGACGCGCCAAAGUUCAAGGGACCUUCAUUCGGAUUUGGCGCGAAAAGACCAAAAGUAGAUAUUGAAUCGCCAGACGCGGAACUUUCGGGUCCAGAUGCCCCAGAUGUAGACGUUGAAGGGUCGAAAGGUGGCAUACACAUCCCGCGUUUUAGAUUCGGGGCGAAAAAGCCUUCGACGGACGCCGACGUAGACAUAGCUGUAGGGGAGGUUCAUGCUCCCGACGCGGAGAUAAGUUCACCAGACUGGAGAACUGACGUAGAUGCGCCCGAGGUGAAGGGUAGAGCCUCCGGACGUUUCGGGAAAGUUAAGGGAUUCAAAGGACCAAAGUUUGGAGGAUUUAAAGUUAGUGGAAAGGGAGGGGAUGUAGAUACAGAUGUAGACUAUCCAGAGGGUUCAUCACCCAACGCGGACUUUGAGGGAUCGGAUGUAAGAGUUAGAGGGCCAAAGGUUAAGGGUGGCUUUUCUCACAGAAUGAGAAACCUUAAGGAUGAAUUGAAAGAUGCGGCACAGGCAGUUAAGGAAGGUCUAACAGGCGCGCCAGAUGAGAUCAAAGGUGGAGUAAGGACGGAAGGGAGGUAUGGUGGUACGUUAAAAGGAAAUCUACCAAGCCCUGAAGGCGACGCCUCCUCCGCCAGACCUCUUGCCAUACCCGACGUCAGCGGAGAAGGGUCUCUCAAGACCUACAGAAGACCGGAGGCAUCUCUGUCUGCGCCCGACGCCAGCGCUGAGGGAGCGGCCGAGGGUUACAGCACCAGCGUGACGAUCAAGAGCAGCCCGUCCAGAUUCAGAUCGUCCAAGCACGUCACCGUGGGAGGACAGGACACAAAAACGACAUAUGUGUCGACCGUAACCAAGACCACUAAGACCGUGUUGGUGGAUGUUGAGGCUCAGGGUAAGGCAGCGGAAGAGGGGGCGAGCGAUCUUCUCGCCGACAUACAGGACGCCCUGGCAGUGGGCGGAGACUCUAAGGUGUCGGCGAGUGCGUCGUCCGAGGGAGUUGACGUCAGACUAAAAGGCCCGGAAUAAUGAAGAAAAAUAACAGACGUCAGAUGAUGCAUCGCUGUACUGAUCGCCCCAUCAUCCGGCUGAAGUCACGUCUGUCCAGAGCGCCAGCCCAAAACGACUCUGGCGACGCGGGCUUCUGCUUCAGCUGCAGUUCCAAACUCUUCCGCAAGGCAUCGCUGCUUUGGAAUCACCGCUGUAUUUACCCACUUAAACUACGUACUCUGAGCCAAACUUCUUCAUUCUACAAGAAACAAAACAAAAACAAAACAACAACAAAAACUACA